AAGAAACGGACCGGUUCAGGUUGGGUGUGGAUGUUGAACUGGAGUGUUGCUGUAACUGACUUGGCUGCUCACUGUUAAGCCCAACUAUGUCCAGGUUCAAAAGGAAGGAUAAUGCAGACACCCUGGCGGGAUUCCGGACGAAGAACACAGAGCCAACUGUCCCUUACGGCCUGCUGCAGGCAGCCAGAAAAAGCGGCCAGCUCAACCUGUCCGGCAGAGGGCUGACAGAAGUCCCCCAGAACGUGUACCGUCUGAACACUGACACACCAGAGGAGGCCCAGCAGAACGUGUCCUUCGGAGCAUCUGAUCGCUGGUGGGAACAGGUCGACCUCACGAAGCUGCUGCUGUCAUCCAAUCAGCUGACACAGUUGUCUGAUGACAUUAGACUUUUAUCUGGACUGAUCACUCUGGAUCUUCAUGACAAUCAGCUGAGUAGUUUACCAGGUGCACUCGGAGAACUACAGGAGCUCCAGCAACUGAGACUUGGUCACAACCAGCUGUCAUCCCUGCCUGUUGAGGUGUGUACUCUGAGGAACCUUUGCAGCCUUACGCUGCAGCAGAAUCAGCUGGAGAACCUGCCGGAGGAACUGGGUCAGCUGCAGAACCUGACAGAGCUGGAUCUCUCCAACAAUCAUCUGAAGUGUUUGCCCGCCAGCCUCGGCUGUCUCACCAGUCUGCAGAAAGUGAGCCUGUGUCACAACAAGCUCAACUGUCUGCCUGACAGCUUGUCUCAGCUCACAAAUGUUAAACUCUUGGACUGCAGCAACAACCACUUGACUGACAUCCCUGCCAGCCUGUCAGGGAUGCUUUCUCUGGAGCAGCUUUAUCUCAGACACAAUAAACUCAGUCGACUCCCACAGCUUCCUGCGCCUGCGCUCAAGGAGUUGUAUGUUGGGAACAACCAAAUUGAGCUGUUGGAGACGGAGCAGCUGACCUCCCUGACAGCCAUUUCUCUUCUUGAGCUGAGAGACAACAAGAUUAAAAUUCUUCCUGAACAAAUCACUCUGCUGCACACGUUGACACGGCUCGACCUCACAAACAAUGACAUCGGCACUCUUCCAGCUUGUCUCAGUCUGCUGCCCAAUCUGAAGGUGUUGCUGUUGGAGGGAAACCCUUUACGAGGAAUCAGAAGAGACCUUCUCACUAAAGGAACCAAUGAACUUCUGAAAUAUCUCAGAGGAAGAAUUAAAGAGGAGCCUGAGAAACCAGAUGAAAGACAAACAGCUAUGACAUUACCCUCCCAGGCUGCAGUCAAUCUGCAUAACAUUAAAACUCUCAAGAUACUGGAGUACAGUGACAAGCAGGCAGACAGUAUUCCAGAUGAACUGUUCGAUGCUUCAGCACAUAAAGGCAUUGUCACCGUUAACUUCAGCAAGAACCAGCUGAACUCCAUCCCGCCCCGGCUGCUGGAGCUGCAGUCCUCUCUCUCAGAUAUCAAUCUGGGUUUCAACAGACUGACCUGCUUCUCUCCUGACAUCUGCAAGUUACUGCAGCUGACACACAUCGAUCUCAGGAAUAACCAGCUGAGUGAUUUACCUCCUGAGAUGAUGAACAUGACUAAACUGCGCUCUAUUGUUCUCAAUUACAACAGAUUCAAAUCGUUCCCUGAAGUCCUCUAUGACAUCCUCUCUCUGGAGACAGUGUUGCUUGGUAACAACCAGGUGUGUGGGGUGGAUCCUGGUCGACUGAUGAAACUGGUUCAUCUGUCAACACUGGAUCUGUCAAACAAUGACCUGCUGAACAUUCCUCCUGAACUGGGCCUCUGUACCGGCCUCAGGUGUCUCAGUCUAGAGGGGAAUCCUUUCCGCACACCGAGAGCAGCCAUCGUGGCCAAAGGAACUGAUGCAGUGUUGGAGUACCUGCGCAGCCGCAUACCUACAUGACCCCUCAACUCAUCUUGGGCGGCUUCACUAUCCUGACCUUUUUUUAUUUUAAAUGAGAUUAUAUUUCAAUAAAAUUGUUUGAUAUUAAAAUUUGUUAAUGUCUUUUCUAUUGUACAAAGCCAGCUUAUGAUGUUGACUUUAAUUUGCAAUAGUCUAGGUUGUUCUGUUUUUCUAAUGCCUACAACUGUACCUGAAACCACCUGAGGGCAAAUUACAUCUUAAUAAAGCAUUUGUUCAUAAUUGCUAAGUCUGACCAAAGAAGGAGAUGGAAGGCACUGAUACCAUGACAGCAAUGCACAAAACAAUAAAAGAUCCAAGAAUAUAUCAGAAAGAUUGUCAUCACUGAUGAACUGCUGAGUGAAUGUUUCAGGUAGCUGAAACCCAGCAUUGAAGAGGAGACAUCAUGGAUAAACUGCUGCAUGCAGGGCUUAAAGUAUUCCAGCACCGUGCCGGAUCUCCAGCCCAACCAAAAAAGAAAGAAGAAAUAGAAAAGGAAAAAAAAACGUGUCAAUGAGCGGUGGUGAUUGCACUGGAGGCUUCAGUUUAGCAGUUCUCAGUUUCUGAAGUAAACUAUUUAUUUUCAAUCCAU